UUCAUAAAAAAAUAUCAAUUUACAAUAUUCAGUGGGCAACAGAAAAAACCUGGACACGCGUUGCUCGCUCUCGACAGUCUCGACCACGGAGCGGUCGCCUCACUACCCCAGGUACGGACCCGCACGUACUGGAGGGAAGGGAUGAUCGAAAAUAAUAGGGGAAGAGAAUUUUAAAUUUUAUAUUUUUUGCAGCCGGCGCAGGUGAUAUAACGCGUGCCCGUGCGCCGGCGGCUCACUUAAACGCGAAGCUCCGCUCCCGUCACUCGCGCUGCAAGCUCCCACGCAACUUUUAUCGCUCAGUGUUUUUCUGGCCGUCGCGCGGACUGACCGCGCGCCCUUCUCCCGCGAACAACAGCGUAAAUACGAUGCUACAAGAAAUACAACUCGUCCAGGGACAAACGAACUACGUCGUGGUGUCAUCGGGCUACCCGUCUGGUACUACAUCGAAGAACACGAUGGAAAAGAGGAAUAUACCAAUUGCGCCUGCUCCUGAAAAAAAUUACGUUACGCACGACACUCCACCAAAUUUGCAGUAUAGGAAAAAAGUUCACUUCAGAACGAAUCCUUACACCGGACCGCAGGCCGUGUCGAUAGCUCGCCGCAAUGCUCGCGAGCGCAAUCGUGUAAAACAAGUGAAUGAUGGAUUUAACGCACUACGCCGACACCUGCCAGCUUCCGUAGUGGCUGCGUUAUCUGGCGGCGCGAGACGCGGUUCGGGGAAGAAAUUAAGCAAAGUGGACACAUUAAGAAUGGUCGUCGAGUACAUAAGAUAUCUUCAACAGUUACUGGACGAGAGUGACACAGCUUUAGGAAUCACUCGUGAUCAAGAAAAUAGAGAAAACAUUCCGAAUAGCAAUACGCAGCCGAUGACUUCGUUAGACUUGGACGAUGGCUUCUUCUACGGCAGCAGUUCGCCUUGUUCCGAGAAGCCGGACUCUCCAGCCCCCUCCGAGUGCUCCUCUGGUGUUUCUUCGGCAUAUUCUGCGGUAGACAGAUACGAAGUGACCACUCAGCAGCAACUAGGGCCUAUGGAUGAAGAUGAGCUACUUGACGUAAUCUCAUGGUGGCAGCAGAAAUAGCAAAUAGAACUUAUGAUCGUGAGAACUUACAAAAGGACGAAUCCCUCCGGUAUAUAUAUAUAUAUACAUAUAUAUGCAUUCAUG